AUGGGGCCAAAUAUAUAUCCUUCCAGACAGAGAGGAGAUGAAGCAAACCAUAUAUUAGUUAGAGAGUUUCAGACAUGUUUAUCCGGCUAUCCUGAUAUCAGACACUAUGGGAGUUUUGAAAAUUUUUCAAGGCCUUAUACUCCAUUGAGGGAUAUAACUGGUAGUAUAUUUGGAGGAUUAGCAAAUGAAUCAAGAGUGAGAAUGGUAAAUGAACCUAACCAUUUUAAUAGAGAUAGAAACUAUGUGGUUGAAAGAGAUCAUAGUUCGAGUGUAAGAAACCCACAAAGUCGUUUUUUUGGUGUUGAAGUAAGUAAUGGAAAUACUGUAUAUAAUCGCCGAAUUAAUGAUAUAAGAGCAUUAAAUAGGUCAAUGUCUAUGAGUAGUCCAAAUAUAGAUAUUGGAAUUACUUCUGGACCUAGAAUUAGUUCUAGAGAAACAAUUGAGAACAAUAGUAGUUUUAUGAAUAGAAGUAGAAGUUUUGCUGAUAGAAUUAUGGAACAGUUUGAUUUAGUAGAAAGGGAACAUAAUCGGUUAACAGAGAGAAUUCACAGAAGCCAAUCAAUUUAUGAACAGAUUCAGAGGAAUGGGGUUGAAAUUGAGCAGCUUUUCGACAACCUAUCACAUAGAAUACAAAGAAGGCACACUACUCAAAGGGAGAAUUCUUCUGGUCAUAAUGUUCAAUUCAGAAAUACAAGAAGUGGCGGAUCAACUAUUGAAUGUGGUAGAAACAUAAAUGUAAAUCAUAGACUCAGUAAUAGACCCAGAUUUUUAUCUAUGGAAGAUGUUCAUAAUCAUUUUCAUGAUCAUCUUAUUGUUAAUGAGGAAGGAGAAGAUAACGACGAACAAGAGCGUGAUAAUGAAGAUAAUGAUGUAAUUGAACUUAUUCAGGUUGAUGAUGAUGAGAUUUCUGAUAUAAUGUCUAGAAGGAAUAACGAUAUUAGAAGUAGAUCAUUGAUUAUUGGCCAAGAACAAAUUAUUAUAGAGGAAAAUGAUAGUGAUGAGUCAGGAAAUUCUGAGGAUGAAGAGACUUUGUAUAAUGAAAAUGAGCAUGAGCACAAUCAAGAGUACGACGAUCAUGAGUAUGAAGAAGUAUAUGGAAAUGGUGAGGCUGGUAAUAUAACAAUAGUGCUUAAUAGACUUAGAGAUAGAAUAUCGCAAAAUCAAGAAGAUAUUUUAGGUUUACCAGUAGAUAUUCAAAAUGCAUUACCAGUCUCAAAAUUCAAUUUAUCCAGAUCUCAGAAUUUGGAUGAUGAUAAAAAAAUGUGUUUAAUUUGUUUGGAUGAGUUUAAGGAUCAGCAGGAAAUUCUAUGGCUUCCAUGUACUCAUUGUUUUUGUAGAAAAUGUAUUACAUCAUGGUUUGAAAGAGGAACUGUAUGCCCCAUUUGUAAAGAUGACUUAUUGGCUCAUUUUAAAUAUUAA